AUGUCGUUUCUCGUGGUCAGGGUGUACACAAGUAUAGCAGGUAGUGAUGUCGUUCCUCUUGGAUUUGGGGUGUACCCAAGUAGAGCAGGUGGUGAUGUUGUUUCUCUUGGUCAGGUGUACACAAGUAUAAAAGUUUUUGUUUUAAUCACAGCUUCAUUCUACGGUGCUAGCCACGUGUUUGUGCCAGUCCAAGAUGCUUCCAGUGACACCGAUAUCUUCUUCAGGUUCAAGACUCAUCGUGCUGACGCCCUACUCUUCCUAGCUGCUGGCCCUCCAGACUACUGCUUACUGACUCUUCAAGCUGGUGAAAUAAAGGUUCGCAUCAACCUUGGAUCUGGAGAAGAAGUUUUGACGUCAGUUCCUGGUCUGAAGCUGAAUGACCUCUUGUGGCAUGAAAUAGAAAUACAAAGAAUCUCUGCGGAGCUAACUUUAAGAGUUGACGGUAUCCACACCACUUAUCUUGACAUAAGUGGACGUUUUUUUGAACUGAAUAUUAAGUCUGGAAUUUUUGUUGGUGGUAUUAAUGGUUUCGACAAGUUGUUUUUAGGUAAUUUUCAAAAUUUUCGUGGGUGUUUAGAUGAAUUUUUCUUCAAUGACAACGAUAUUUUAAGACUCGCUGCCAACUCUGAAAACAAACAAAGUGUUUAUGGUAUCACGUGGGACUGUAGCGAAGAAUUCGAGGCGACUUCACAUCAACCUAUUAGUUUUAUCCAAGAGGAAUCCUUUGUUGCUCUUCCUGCUGUGAGUGCCAGGAACGGUGGUUCCAUAUCUUUUGACGUGAAAACCCAGUCUCGUCUAGCUGUACUGUUUUAUAACUCUGGAAACCCUUCGAAAACAGAUUUUUUGGCGAUCGAGAUUAUUUCUGGUAAGGUUACCUUAUCUGUUAAUGAGGGUAAUGGUGUGGUUAUGCUAACUUCGGAUAAAAUGGUUAAUAACGGAUUGUGGCACCACGUUGAUGCACAGUUUAGCCCAACUUAUGUCGAACUCACUGUGGACGGAGAAAGUAAGAAUAUUAGGCCUGGUCUUGGAAAAAAUAGGUUCUUUGAUUUGACUGGCUAUCUCUACGUGGGAGGAAUAGAACCAAAUAAAAAGUUUCGGGCUUUACAGCAUGGUCUGCAGUCUGUCUUGUCGGGAGGAACCCACAGCUCUCUGGCUGGGUGUUUGAAGAAUAUUAAGACCAAUAAUCAGGUCAAGGGUCACAGGGAGAUAGAAAUCAGCCAUAGGAUUCGUCCUGACUGUGUUUGGCAAUAUCCUUGUCUCCAGAACCCUUGCAUUCAGGAAGCAGAAUGUUUCCAAGAAGGUUUGAAUAGCUUCCGCUGUAUGUGUGAUAAACCUGUAUGUGUGCGCAGUAACUUUACUUCUGGUUACAAGCUCUUCACCAAAUCUUCACUUCCCAUUGACCUAGAAAUACUAUCCCUAAAUCCACUGGAAGUAGCAGAAGGAGGAAACGAUUUGUUAACAUCAGAACAUAUCAAGGUUGUGUUAGAUUACCAGAAAUAUGGAGUAAGAGAAUCUGGUGUUUUAUUUCACAUCGUGGAGCCACCAGAGCAUGGCAGUCUAGAAAUAGAAAUUUGGAGAAAAAUAGCAGAUAACAUUUUCACUCUUCUAGAUCUUUAUACCGAUAAAGUGCGAUACACCCACGAUGGAUCAGAAAACCAUAGCGACAAGUUUGUUAUUGAGCUGGAGUUUCAGGCUCAAAAUUACCGUUUACCCCCAUUUUUAGAAGAACGUCAUAGAUUUGUGUUUCACAUUAAAAUAUCUCCAGUUAACGAUCCUCCUAAAUUAAAAGUUUCUUCUGGUAAUGUGCUUCGACUUGCCAAGUACACUAAGAUGCCACUCACUUCAGACAUAUUAAACAUUGAAGACCCGGAUAAUGAACCCAGUUCUUUAGUUUACUCAGUAUUAAAUAUCGAAACCGAAGAGGAAGGGUAUCUUGAAAACAUCAAGGAUCCAAGAAAUCUUGUUACCUCUUUUACUCAAGAAGAUAUCAUCAAUAAACAAAUUUACUACGUGCAUAAAGGCCCGCCUACAUCGCGAAUUGCUCUUCGAGUGUCUGAUGGAAUUGAAACGGGGCAAACAUUUGUACUUAGAGUAGAGACGUUUGAUUUAACGUUGUCACUCGUCAACAACACGGGAAUAAUACUGCCUUUGAAUUCAUACACUAUUAUCACCCCGAACAACUUAACCUUCGUUACCAACUCCCCGGAUCAAGACCUGGAGAUUCGGUAUGACAUCACACGCUUGCCUCAGCACGGGAGCAUACAGAAGCGACGAAACAAGGGUCGUUGGAGAACAAUCAAUCACUUUACCCAGAAGCAGAUCAAUAAAGGUAAAGUUAGAUACAUACACACGUUAGGAAAGCCUUCUCGGGACGAAUUUAAAUUUUCUAUUUCAUGCUUGGACAUAAAAAUACCAACAAUUUAUGAUUUUCACGUGCAGUUUAUUGCGGUGUCUUUGACUGAGGUGAACAAUAAGGAACUAGUAUUAGAUAAAAUAACUCACGGUGUUCUUACCUCUGAUAAUCUCUAUUAUCAAACCUCACCUGUUCCAACAAAUGAGAAUGAAAUUCAUUACACUAUUCUCUCCAUCCCAUUAUAUGGGCAUCUUUAUCUCUCCACAGAUAAUACACAAAUCGUGAAUUUACAGAUCGGCUCCGAAUUCACCCAAGAAGAUAUUGAGAAAAAGUUAAUAAAAUAUGCGUUGCUUAGGAACUCCUACUCAAUGAUUAAUGAUAGUUUUCAGUUCCAAGUAUCCUGCGUUGGAAUUGUAAGCAAAAUGGAAAUAUUCUCCAUUAAACAUCUCCCAGUUGAUACUGGGGCUGUGAUAAAUGUUGGAAAACUACAAGUAAUUGAAGGAGAACACGUUGAAAUAAGCAAACGAUUCUUACUUAUGACAAUUCCGAAUGAAGAAGUGAUAAUCUACAACGUGACGACACAACCUCAGCAUGGAAUUUUAAGACUAAUGAACACUGCUCUUACCGCUGUUGAGAGAGAUUAUCCAACCUCCUUUACAAACGACGACAUAGAAGAUAAACGAUUAUUUUAUAUUCACGAUGAUUCUGAGCACAACAAAGACAAGAUACAUUUCAUUGCCUUCCCAGAAGCUUCUGACAGCGAUUUUGUAUACUAUGGAACCCUUCACAUUGAAGUAAAGAUGAAGAACGAUAACCCGCCUGUUCGUACGAUCGAUAAAAUAUUUUACGUGAAAAUAAAUGGCGAGAGAAAGUUAACUUCCCAAUAUUUGAAAUAUGAAGAUUUAGACAUUGAUUCUAAACCCACUGAUAUUCAAUACACUCGUAAAGGUAUUCCAAAUGGAGCUCUUUUCCACGUUGAUUCACCCGAUACUGAGAUUUUUCAGUUUACCCAGGAAGAUCUAAACAAUGAGAAAAUAAUAUUCCGACAUAAUGGAGCUCACUAUGGAAAAGCUGUCCUCUGGAUUACUGACGGCCAGUUUUACGCUACAGGAAACGUGAAAAUACGAGCGUCAGAUCCGUUUAUCAAUGUUACAACAAACACGGGGUUAAUAGUACGAAGAGGAGAUAUCGAACUCAUAACGUCGAAAAAUCUUAGCAUAGAAACUAAUGUUGGUUCUAACCUUGAUGAUGUCAUGUUUAAAAUCAUUUCUCGUCCAAAGCAUGGAGAAAUAUUGAUUAAAGGAAGUGUCGCAAACCAAUUUAAGCACAAAGAUUUAGAUCUUCAAUAUCUGGAGUAUGAAAAUGACAAUAGCCAGAGUUACUCCGAUUUCUUUCAGUUCCUGGCGUUUGUAGAAGACGUUAGUGUAGAAGGAACUUUCAACAUCCAAGUGUUUCCAGAAAGCUACUGGGAGCCACCCCGUGUACUAAGCAACAGAACGAUCCACGUAGAUGAGGGUAAAGCUGUAGUAAUAGAUCCAGCUUCACUCAACAUUGCCCACAUUAAUAUCAACCCAACCAACAUUACAUAUAUCAUUACGGUGGACCCUGAAAUGGGUUUUAUCAGGAUUACUAAUAAAAGCUCUGACGAGGGAACUACUACAAAUAGGACAUCUGCCAAAAGGUUUACCCAGGCUAUGAUUAAUGAAGGGCACAUCGAAUAUGUACAGACAAAAAGUAAUGUGUCUUUUGAUCAUUUCACGUUUGAUGUCACCAACGGAAUAACCACCAUUUCAGGUCUUCAGUUUACUAUCAGUAUCUUAUCCAACAUAAUUCUUCUUAAAACAGGAAACAUAACAGUUGCAGAAGGCGAAGCUGCUCCUCUGAACUCUGAAGUUGUUAAUGUAGCAAAUCCUUAUUAUAACGACUGGCUGUCCGAGUACUUGGUGAUAGAAGAACCUCAACAUGGUCAUCUUACAAACAUUAACGUCCCAGGAAGUAAACUAAUGAAGUUUACCUCUUUCCAGUUGAAGAAUGGGUUGAUACAAUAUGUUCAUGAUGGAACAGAGGUUAUGAGAGAUUGGUUUACUGUGGUAGCUAAGGCUAAGUCCUUGAACAAAGAAAGUGCCCCUAGUACUAUUCACGUUAUGGUAACGCCGAUUAAUGAUGAAACUCCUCAUUUAAUCAACAAUACAGGUCUGGAGGUUUGGGAGGGUUCCUUAGCAACCAUCACUAACCAUCACCUCGCAGCUGGGGAUGACGAUUCUGAACCUGAAGAUAUAAUUUUUGAGAUUUUCACUCCAAGCAAUGGUUACGUUUCUUAUAAAAAUGAUACCAGGUCACCUAUUCGAAGUUUCACUCAAGAUGAUAUUAAUAGAGAGUUAGUCGUCUUUGUCCACACAGGUGAAGCCACUGGUGGAUUCCGGAUUCAGGUGAGUGACGGAGUGAACAAAGGCUCUCCACACGUGUUCACAGUUACAGCAAGAGAGCUGAAGCUAGUGUUACAAGUUAACGAAAAACUGAGCGUACUUCCUGGUACUCAGCAAUCUAUUACACGAGCUCAUCUACUCGUGACAACCAAUGACAAAGAUUCCAAUAGAAAAAUUCUUUAUUACGUGCGAAAAGAACCAGAAAAUGGGAGAAUUCUAUUGGGAAACCCUAAUGGUGCUUUAUCUCCCGUGACUCGAUUUACACAGAGUCAAAUAGACAAGAAUAUGAUUUUGUAUGACCAAGCUAAACCUAUGAUAGGAUUUACUACAAAUGAUACAGUUGUUUUCGACAUUGAUACCGAAUAUGCAGAAGUUCUUAAGAAUGUCGUUUUUACCAUUGAAAUAUCAGUAGACAACCUUGGUAUUGGAAAUCUGGAAGGAAAAAUUCAACUGAACCCAGUGGAUGUUAUUGAAGGAGGCCAGUGUUCGAUUGGACCAGAACAUAUUGAUCUUUCGCAGAUUUUGACUUUAUGGCAAAGUAAAAAAAAAGAACACUUAGUGGGUAAACUAGAAAUCACGGUAGAAUAUCUCCCAUCCCAUGGAUGGUUAUCACUAAAUGGCAGAAACAUUACGAAAACCACUAAUGUAUGGUUUAAUAAGACUGAUAUCAGGGACAGACUGCUGAAGUACCACCAUGACAAUUCUGACACGUUUUCUGAUGAGUUCAUAUUGGGAUUUUACUUAGUGGGUGAAGAGAACUUUCCAAAUAUUUUACUCUAUAACGAAACACUUCAUGUGAAUGUAUCUUAUGUAAACGAUCAGCCGUUUGAGUUAAUCACGAAGACUCCGAAGCUUAACGUCGUUCGAGGCCAAAAGAUGAUCAUCACAUCUGAGAUUCUUUUCACUAAAGAUUCUGAUGGAGUCCCUGAAGAUAUCAUCUAUGAAAUAAUUAGUAAUGCUACCAAUGGUUUCCUGUCAAAAAGGGACUACGAAAAUCACAUAAUACAAAAUUUCACUCAGGAUGAUAUUGACAAGAAUUUGGUGUACUUUGUCCAUGAUGGAAGUAAGAGACCAGGAACAUUCCAUUUCAAAGUCAGCGAUGGUAAAUAUAAACCUGUCUAUAAAGCCUUCAAUAUCCAUGUAGUCCCUCUGUCUCUGACAUUAGUUAACAAAACAACCUUAGAACUCCUCCAAGGACAUACAACAGUGUCAAUUGGACCUCAAAACCUGGGAGCUGCUACUAAUGGUGAUCCUAAUGCUGUAUUAUACCACGUGACCAAAGCACCCAAGUAUGGUAGGAUCUUUAUUAGAGAAAAUAUUGUAACACAGUUUAAACAAAGUGACAUCAUUAAAGGUUUAGUUAUUUACAUGCAAUUAGAUAUGACAGUUUCAAGGGACCAGUUUGUAGUAGAAGUGAUUUAUGGAGAUAACAUCCUACCACACCACAUCACCAAUGUAACAGUGGUGCCCUUGGUUAAGCAAGGUCCUUUUAAUGUUUACUCAGACGACUAUGCAUUGUUAACCUUAGACGUGUUAGAUGCUUCGAAACUGGCAGAACAGACAGACAGCAAUCCAAUAUACUCUGUCACAAAGCAACCUAAAUACGGAUAUUUACAAAAACUCACAGUAUCGAGAGUUAAGCGACAAACAGAAGUCGUGGAAACGUUCACCCACGAGGAUAUCACCCAAAAAGGAAUAAUUUAUAAGAGUAAGGACAUUGCCAUUCAAGGUUCAGUUUCUGAUGAAGUUGAAUAUAUGUUAUCAGCUCCAGGAGUACAGCCAGCCCAUGGAAAAUUUGUCGUGACUUUACAGCCAAAAGACCAGUCGUCGACAGUGCAUCCAACUAGCGGUGUAUCCUUGUCGGGCAUGGUUGAAUUAACUCAACGUCCUGCUUUGGACAAGAAAGAAAGAGAAGAAAAUGUGCACACGCCUCAGAUUAGUGAUGAUCACGUGCUAAUAAUCGGUUUAGUGGUGGGGAUGUUGUUGUUGGCAAUUAUCAUACUGUUGAUACUCAAGUGCUACAUCACAAAACGAAGGUCUAAAGGGGUAGAAAGGGGUCAUUCAGUUAUCAAACAACCUGGUUCACACGUUACACAGACAGGCUUGAAUGAUGAUCAUCUUCCAUCUAAUGGAAGUGCAUCUAUGUCUGAUGAGCUUCCUCCUCCUCCAGUCCCCCCUACGUCUCCGUCCAGUCCAGGAAGCAGGUGUAGUAGCGUCACCCCUAAACGUGGAGCUAUGGCUGGUAGGUCUAAAAACUUGGAUUUAGACCCACCAUUACCACCCCCACCUCCACCUCCUUACGACCUUGACGGAAGUGAAUGGACAGAGGUGAGUUCCACUGUGCCUACAUGUAAGGUCACACCUCUUGGUCAUCCUGACAGACCAGAUGUGAACGAGACAGCUUUGAACGCAUCUUAUAGUGUAGUUGAUCCUUCAGAACUUAGUGAAAGCGAAGACUGGAGUCAAUAUGAUGAUAACGAUAUACGCUACGGGGCUUCGAAUAACCCUGUGUUAAGAAAAAACCAGUAUUGGGUGUAAUAAUGACACUUUGAUUUUUUACCAAGUCAGAGAAAACCGGGAAGAGAGUUUACUGGUGUUUAGAAGAAUUAAUCUGUCUCUCUUUCUUUAUUUUUCAGUAGCGUCAGAAAAUCAACCGAAAUUUUUCAAUUGUAACGUUGGCCCUUUUUUAACACACACAAAAUGGGGUUUCAAGCAGAACCAGUUUACCUCUUUUAACACACACAAUGGGGUUUUAAGCAGAACCAGUUUACCCAAAAGAUAGAGUAGGCAGUUGUUUAUGUGUCAACGAUGUCAAGGGCCCAUAGUUUUAUGCUUUUUUUGUUUUUAAUAAACAUGUAUAAUAUGUCUGAUCACAGUGUCAAGGGGCCUGCUGGGACAAUUUUUUCUUCAAUUUAAAUUGUAUAUACUAGGUCACGUUUGUUUUAUCUCUGUUUAAACUAACCGAAGUUAGUUUUUAUAACUUUUUUUAGAUAUUUUUAAGUCGGUACUGUCCGUAGUAUUUUGAAAUGAUUACAUUUGACAAAAUACUGUUUUUGUGGGUAAAACUUCAUGCAAAAGUUGAAUAAUUAAGGACUUGUGGAGAAAGGGCGGUCCAGAACUGAAGCUGCGUAUGGACCCAUUUUGGUCUUAGUCCAGCCCUGAAUUUAAUGGUGUACAGAUCUACUUUGCCAUAGGUUAUUACCCAGUCCACAUUAUAUUUGGAAAUCCAUUUAUUUUUAUUUUAAAGCCAAAAGUAAAAGUGGUAAGAUGAAUAAAGAUUGUGCUUUAGUAUAAAUACUCCAUUCAUUAAUAUUAAAACAGUCGUGUUUUACGUCAUGUUAUUCAUAACUUCGUUACACUAGUUAAAAUCGCUUUUCGUAGUCUAAGAGCUCACUCAUUUUCAGUAUGUGUCUGAGCGCAAUCUUUGUGUGUGUGUGCAUGUUUUCAUAGCAAAGCCACAUCCGGCUAUCUGCUUUGUCCACUGAGGGGAAUAGAAACCCUGAUUUUUAGCGUUGUAAAUCCUUAGACUUACCGCUGUCCCACCAGGGGACCAAAAGUUUUGAGAGCUGAUUCCUAAGUAAAAAUGUGUGCAGAAUUUUAAAUCUGGCAGUGUUAUGAAAUCUAGGGGUAACGAAAGUGCUCAAAUUGAGCCGUUUCUGCUGUAACGUACAAAAUACUUAAUACCCCUAUAUACAACAGCUAUAUGAGCUUAAGUUUUAUGAUAGGAACUUAAGUUGGUGCCAUACCAGAGCACAUGAAUGGCGUGUUGUUCCAAAAGUAAGGUGUGUAUAUGUUAGUGAGCUCGCUCAGAGCACUUGAAUGGCGUGUUAUUCCAAAGGUAAGGCCAUGUAUAUGUUAAUGAGCUCGCUCAGAGCACAUGAAUGGCGUGUUAUUCCAAAGGUAAGGCAUGUAUAUGUUAAUGAGCUCGCUCAGAGCACAUGAAUGACGUGUUAUUCCAAAGGUAAGGCAUGUAUAUGUUAAUGAGCUCGCUCAGAGCACAUGAAUGGCGUGUUAUUCCAAAGGUAAGGCAUGUAUAUGUUAAUGAGCUCGCUUAGAGCACAUGAAUGACGUGUUAUUCCAAAGGAAAGGCAUGUAUAUGUUGAUAAGCUCGCUUGAAUAUUUACGAAUAAUCAUUAAAUGCUGGUUUCGUGAAAAAUAAAAACAAAAUAGAAAUUUGUAGUUUCAAAAUCCAAUUAAUUUUGAAAGGUGUUAACAAAUGGGCUUCUGUUUAACUGAACGCACGUCACGUGACAACAAAACUGAAGAUUUAAUUGUUUGUUUCAGAGCUUUCUUUCGAAAUAAAGGAAUACUAUCUUGGAUGAUAUCAAACUUUUAAUUAUAACGUAUUUGAUAAUGCUAGUUUCAUUAAAAUACAUUGCUAGUAAAGUGGUUUAAUUAAAUUUUGAAUGUAAUUCAGUAACACUUUAUAUGACAUGCGGACAAAGGAAUUUAAAGAGUGUACCGGAAUUCAAAAGGUUAAUCCUGCUGUUUAUAGUCGUUCAUAUUAAAUGGGAAAAAGGGAUUCUAUAAACUUUAAACUUAGUCGUACACGUCAGAAUAAGUAGUUGAUAUAAUACUAUCGAACAACAGGAAAACCAAAAUAGCUGCCAAAAGUACAUGAGGACCACAUAGCUAUGUUUUGGGACACAAAUAAUUUAUACCUCGAUUUAAAAACUUGAGAAGCAAGACAAAAUUGGGUAAUAACCAAGACUGAUAUGUGCAUUAUGCCCAAGCCCCAAAACACCUUUUCCGGAAGUAUCAUAGUGGGGAAAAGUAACAAUAUAUCCUAAUUAGGGUCAUUCCAGUGUAAGAAACUUUGUAUUUAAAUAAUCUCCAUUAAGUUGCCAACACAGUAAUGCAUUUUGUGCUUUGAUUAUAUAGUUUAUAUAUUGUUUUUAAAUUAAUAUUUAUAAAUAUGCAAAUGAACUUGUUAACACAUACAUGCCUGUAUAAUAACAUGCUAUUCAUACUCUCUGAUGUCUAGCAAUUCAAGUUUAUUUCUUAAAAAUUAAGAAAGAUAUGCCUCAAAUAACUGUUGAAUGUUCCUCAAAGAUUCAUAAGACGACCACACUCACAUUCUGCACACAUUUUUACCUAAGAAUCAACUAUCAGAACUUUUGUACAUUAAUAGAUGUGAUUGAGUUCUUGGAUUAUUCAGUUCUCUUGAUUAAUCACAUUGCGUCAUAACUGACGGAUUUACACUAAUGAUAAUCAUUAGCGGAGAACUGACAUAUACGGUAGCUACACUUGAUUAAUACGAAAAUAGAAUAAUAUUGUUUUUUAACUUUUCGAUUUGUCUAUUAACAUUCUGAACUGCAUAUUCAAGUUAUCCAAACUAGACUUGUAUUUCAAAUUUGAACUCUGUGUUUAAACUGUUGGAAUUUUCGGUUGACUUGGAAACUCUCUUGGUGACUCAGCAUACAAUUUGAAAGCUUAUAGCACUGAACUUCGGGGUUCAAUGCGUGUUUUAUUGUUUUAAAAUACUUAGCACUAUUCACUAUUGAGAAUAUAAUUUUAACUAUCAAUGGUCAUAUUACUGAUGUAGCACUAGUGAAACGUUUAAACUACGAAAGACAUUGACAAAACCAAAGAACUGUAAACAUGAUCCGGGAACAUAAUUUUAGUUUUGGACAAGUAAUCGUAACCUAACUUCAAAAUAUGUUAAGAGAUGAAUUACCUUUAGAAAAGUUGAAUCCCAAACCUAAACUUGUAAUAAGUCGAAUAUUCGUUAAAGUUGUGGCUGGACCCUGUAAGCUUAACCUUCAUAGAAACAUUUCCAAAAUUUGAUAAAUCAAUUUGAUUCAGCGUAAAGUAUUUUCAAAAACAAUCGUCUCGUUUAUGGUUAGAUUAUGUUUUAUUUAUUACAACACUGUAGAGUUAAUUUUUAGCCUCGACAGAGUCUGACAGACUCUUUCUACUUGUCGGGUCUGAUUGUCUUUAUCAUAGUCAUUUUGAUGAAUCCAAGUUCACCUAGUGUGCAUCAGUUUUUCUGAAUGCGAUUUACCAACUUUUUGAUAUUACGUGUUUGUCGGUAUCAUGAACGAAGUGUUUUCGUAGUUACAUUAAAAGGUUGUGAUGGUAUGUAUCAAAUGCUGAAAAAACUCGUUAAGCGAGUAAGCUGACAUAUGAAAUGAUUUAUAGUUUACUGAUUGCACAUCUACCAGACUUAUAUGGAUUUUGAAGUAAUAACUAUUUUUGAAAUAAUCCAGACCUAGUUACGUGUAAUUCAAGUAUUUCUUCUUCAUUUCUAAAACACUACACAUACCCUAGAACCUUCGUCUCAUCUGUUAAAUCCUGUUACUGUAAUAAUAUUCUCGUAUCCUAGACUAUUUUAUAGCAGCAUUGCAAAAAAGAAGUGAAAUCACGUAACUUCUUACGAUAAGGUUGUGGCGUCGGAUAUCAUUCGUUGUCAUGGUUAGUAAGCCUAUAAUAUAUACAUUACCUAUAGACCUAGGAUCAAAUCUCGCCCCCUACCAACACACGGAGGUCUUGGCGGGACUUACCUCAAGAUGGCAGCAGAUUAGCAGCCGAAAUGUAGAAUAUAACCUAAUUAGUACUUAGAAAUAAAAAAGCAACUAAUUUAUAAUUAAACUUAGGUGAUCUUAUAGGCUACUAACUAUUAGAAGGAUUAAAAUGACAACUCCUGUAUGUACCUCAGUUUUUAAUUUUUUUUUGUGGAUUACACCUUUUAUUAUAACUAUACGGUUUGUACGUUCUGGUUUAGUUUAAUGCACAACAUCGAUGCUACUAAUCGCUAGGUUCAUGAACAAGACUGAUUUAAAGGAACAUUAAAAAGGUGGUCAAAACACGUUAAGCUGAAAAAGAAUUUCAGUAAAUAUAAUUUAUCACUACAUUUUUAUUCUUUAUAAAACAUAUAUCACCCGUAAGUUUAUUAUGGCUGAAAUUUUAUCGUUAUUUGCAUAGAAUAAAUCCCGUGAAAGCGUCAUCACUCUGUAGUUUUUCGUUUCUACCAAACUUAACAAAUUCAUAAAAUAAGUUUGAAAAAGUUCGUAUAGAAUAAACUGCUCGAACACUCAUUUAAACAACUUGCGGAUAACUAUCUUGAUUUUUUUAUGAUAGAAAUUUAUAUUUAUGGAUUUUUAUAAAUUUUAUUUGAAGAGCAUACUUUUAUGGCAAUUUUCAUGAAAGAACGUAUUGUGUCGACCAUUUUUUUUUUCAUAGAAUAUUUACAAAACACAGGAAGUUUUCGUUUACAGACAGUAAGAAAGAGAUGUGUAAAUUGUUUAAUCAACAAUGUGCUGACUUUUUGUCUUCUCAAGAUUUAUAUUUGUUUUUGAUAACGACUUUUUCUUAACAAAUCUGUGUACUUAGCCCAGUCGUGUUCAAUAACCUUUAUGUACACUUGUGCCAAAUGGCUAUUUCAAUGGUCCUUUUGAUCUGGAAUUCAUAAUAACUGCCUGACUGUAGUUAUUUCAGAUUGUCAUUUAUCGUGCCAAAUAAGUCCUCUAGCGAAUGUUACUCUGACUACCACCCAGACUUGGGUUUAUCAAUGUGUCUUGAGUAGUUAGAGCACGCCUUUGAUGCUUUAACUACAUUUAAAAUUCUUAUAAAACGCGCUUAUUUAGGAAUGCUUAAUAGGAAACGUAUAAAAGUUUGUUUUAUCUCAUGUUAAGUGUGAAGGACACUAUGGACAAUGUAAACACUAAAAAGUGUUUAUCUGGAAGUGUUAUUUUUAAAGCGUUUUAUAAAUGUUUUGUUACUGAUAAAUUUUGCUCAAAAUGUUAUUACCCAAACCAGACUACGUUAUGUUACAACUUAAUUGACAACAAAAACCAGACUACGUUGUGUUACAACUUAAUUGACAACAAAAACCAGACUACGUUAUGUUACAACUUAAUUGACAACCAAAACCAGACAACGUUAUGUUACAACUUAAUUGACGACCAAAACCAGACUACAUAUGUUACAACUUAAGUAACACAUUGUAUACUUAGCUCACUUCACUUGUCUCCUCAGACUGUUGGUCUGCCGAGCACGAGUCUUUUUUAAAACAAUAUGAAUGGACAACUAAGUCACAACUUAGAUGGGUGUGACGUAGUUGUUCAAGUCUUAAUUAAGACCAGUGAUUAACACAGUGUCGAUGUAAAAGAAAACCUGCUCGAGCCCACAGGUCAACCUAGUGAGUUAAUCACGUAAUUUGUAUAAGUUGGCAGAUUAUUAUGUUAAAAUAAUGGUGCAGUGUCAUAUUUGGAUCUGUUUUGGAACUAUUGUUGUAGAAACUCCACGUGUGCAAUAUGGUGCAGAAAAGAUAAGACAAAAGCUAUACUUAACAUGCACAGAAUAGAUACUAAAAAAAGUUGUAAUUAAAUAACAGCAGAGUUGGUAUAAUAAGUAUCUUAUUUUUGUUUAAUUAGAGUCACCUUUUCAAUCCUGACCCUAAUAUAUAAUGAACACUUUGAACUAAGUAGCGGAAGUGAAGAUAAAUAACAUAAGCAGAGCACAGAUAAAAAAAGAAACGAAAUCAAAAUAUUUUUUUUUUGCCAGUACUUCAGUAUUAGGCUUAAGUCAUCCAGGAAUGUAUGUGAAUUAUACGAGUCAAGUUCUCGAUACAGUUUCAUCGAUCAUAUAAACUGCUGUGAUUCGCUGCACUUAUCGAAACUUUAUCACAACUUCACGUUAGACUUUAGGAAUGUUGUAAACAAAAUAAUUGACAUUUUCACCUGAUGAACUAUUAACUUUCGACAGAACAGUUUAUUAAUACGGUUACUUUAAUGUCAAACGUUUGAGCCGCGAAGCAGCGUCUUUGUUUUGAAUAACAAUAAAAAACCACGCCAAUUGAAUUAAAGAAAACUGUAACAGCUAGAUAAAUUACAAGUAAUUCAUAGUUUAGAUUUUUACUAAAUUUGAUACUGAUAUAGUUUUCAUGUGGGGAAAUAUUUGGUUGGUAAAGACUGCGAUUUUUUAUACAAGGAAUUGAUAUGAAACAUGUUUUCAGACUUGAGCAUUUCGAGUUGAUUUAAUUGAAGUGAUUUUAUACAUCAACGUAAAUGUAAAACUUAGACACUCGAUAAUUGUUUUCUAUUACGAUAGAUUUUCUAAAUUGAAACGAUUUACGGACUAUUCUUAAUUAUAUUAUUUCCGUAAUUUUGUAUAUAUCUAUUAUAUGCGUACUACAGUUAGAGUCUAAGCUUAAUUUUCAUUUACCUUUUCACCGACAAGUUUAAAGUGUAUGUUGGUUGUGUUUGUUUGAAUGAAAUGCCUAUUGUUGUUGUCGUGUUUCAUAACGAACCACUUCAAUUGUAUGUUUGUAAUGUAAGCAGUAAAGGUAACUACGAAAUUUUA